CUACAUCGUAUGGCCGUAUGGGUACCACCUACGUUUAACAUUAUUCUAGUGCCGUUCAACAGUCGGUAGUCAUCGCAAUUAAUAGUAUUAUAAUAAUAAUGCAUAAUAUUGCAAUCGUCUUCGAUUAGAAUAUCGAACAUGUUAUUGUUUUGAAUUGCGUAUUUGCGUGUACUCCAAUCUCAACGCAUACUGCGCCCGUCACCGUUUUGAUAUUUAAUAUUGUUAAAAUCUUUUUCUUCUCAAUUUAUCAGGUGUUAUUGUUUUAUUAUUUUAUUUACCGUUUUCACAUAUUGAUUUUAACAUGACGGUUUUAUCGAAAAAAAAACCUCAGGCCCUAUUAGAAGAAUGUGAACCUUCAUCGAGCACACACGGUCAUGCUUUACCUCAUCCAACGACCCAAGCUCAUUCUCAGAUAAACGCAUUAGAUGAACGAAUUAAGUCUCCUCAAAGAUGGUCUGUAGAAAAUAUUGAGAAUGUCUUAGGUUCAAAACAAGCAAAACGUAGGAUUCACCGUAGUCCGCAUAGAAAUACAAGAAAUAGUAAAGGGCGUGAUAGAGACAAUAGAUUAUCUCAAAGUUCUUGUACUUGUCAGUGUGGAGCCACUGACUUGAAUGGUCACUGCAGUUCAGAUAAGUGUGGAUAUAAUAGUGAGGAUGAAUAUGGUGAAAUUCCAAAACAAUUCAAUGACAUGGAAUGGGCUGAGCAAGACCGUAUCUUUGAAAAAAAGUUGAAAAAAUGUGAUCUAGUUUUGAAACAAAUGAAAGAUGAUGGUGCGUGUCUUUUUAGAGCUGUAUCAGAUCAAUUAUUUGGGGACCAAGAUAUGCAUGAUAUAGUUCGUAAACAGUGCAUGGAUUAUGUUUCAAGCAAUAAAGAUUAUUAUAUGCAGUAUGUUACUGAAGAUUUCAAUACAUACAUUGCUCGUAAAAGAUUAGACCGAACUCAUGGAAACCACGUAGAAAUACAUGCUAUGUCUGAGUUAUAUAAUCGUCCAAUUGAGGUUUAUUGUUAUGAAAUUGAACCAAUAAACAUAUUCAAUAGAGCUAAUACAUCAGAAUCUUCUAAUCCACCAAUAAGAUUAUCUUAUCAAAGAGGAAGUCAUUAUAAUAGUAUCGUAGAUCCACAUAAAGCGACAAUUGGUAUAGGAUUAGGAUUACCAAGCUUUUCACCUGGUUCAGCCGAUAAAAAAUUAUUAACUGAUGCUGUUCGUCAAAGCGAAGAUUACUUGUUAGAACAGACAAUGCUAGAAGAUAAGCUUAGAGCUACAGAUUGGGAAGCUACAAAUGAUACAAUUGAAGAACAAAUAGCACGUGAAAGUUAUUUACAAUUUUUAAAAGACAAUGAAAAAAGAAAUAAAAAAGAUAAAGAGACAUCUGCCACAUCAACAGCAACUUCUGCAUCUAUUGUCAAAUCAUAUCAAUCUCGAACUUCGCCGCCAAGAUAUUCAGUUGGACCCAAAACCCCACCUGAUUUAUCUCCCUGCAGAGAUUGUUCAGAAAUAGAAAAUCAGACAUUUGUCACAUUACCUCCACAUCUUUUUGGCAUGUCUAAAUGGGAAGAUAUUGGUAUCUUAACAAAAGUUUUGGCCACUUCACAACAAGAGUACCUUGACAGUUUAAAAAGACAACGUGAUGAACAUAAAGAAGAAGGAGAUAAGAAAUACUUAUAUGAUACAGACAAACCAUCUACUUCUCAAUGAUCUUUUAAAUAAUGAUGAUUUUGAUAAGAUAUACAUUAUGCAUUAUUAUUAAGAUCAACAAUUUUGUUUUUAAUUAUUUUUUUAAUCCACCAUGAGCCACUAUUAUCUAGCUUGGAUAGCUUCAAAAAGUAUUUCACUGUUCACAUACUUUUCAU